AUGGCAUCUCCGAGAUUAAAAACCGCUAGCUCGUCGAACCACUUGUUACGGUACUCACCGAGCACCAGUUACCGCGAUAUCUAUGGGGAGAACUCAUUCAGGGCGUUAACUACACCCUUAACCGUCUCUGAGAUAACUCCGUACGAGGCAUUGCAUGGACGUCAACCCAACGUUUCCAACCUUCGUGCCUUAGGCUAUCAAGCCUGGUAUCUCAUUCCCUCGUAG